AUUUGCUCUCUGCCAGCCAAUCAGCUUCUCCCUUGUACGCAUGCUCCUGUGUUUCCAUGUGUUUAUCUCUGGCCGCUGGUUGAUAGAAUCUAAAGAUCCAUCAUGCUUCGUCGGGAGGUCCGAUUGAGACGAGAGUACCUGUACAGGAAGGCACAAGAAGACAGACUCCGGACGAUUGAGGAGAAGAAACAGAAGCUGAAGGGCGCACUUGAUGAAAAUCGUCUUCUUCCAACUGAGGUACGCAAAGAAGCUCUGCAGCUACAGAAACUACUGGAGUAUGAUGACGAAGGGGCAGAAGGUGUCAGCUCACACAUGGAUGAUGAGUACAAAUGGGCAGGAGUUGAAGACCCCAAAGUCAUGGUUACCACAUCCAGGGACCCAAGCUCCAGACUCAAAAUGUUUGCCAAGGAGGUAAAACUCAUGUUCCCUGGAGCUCAGCGUAUGAACAGAGGAAACCAUGAAAUCGCUGCUCUUGUGCGAGCCUGCAAAGCCAACAACGUCACAGACCUCGUCAUUGUUCAUGAAACUAGAGGGCAGCCAGAUGGUCUAGUGGUGUGCCACCUGCCAUUUGGACCCACAGCGUAUUUCACACUUUACAACGUGGUAAUGAGGCAUGAUGUCCCAGACAUAGGCACGAUGUCAGAGGCCUACCCUCACCUCAUUUUUCACAACUUCUCUUCCCGACUCGGCAGGAGGGUGUCGAAUAUCCUCAAGUAUCUGUUUCCAGUGCCAAAGGAGGACAGUAGGCGUGUUAUCACAUUCGCCAACCAAGAAGACUUCAUCUCUUUCAGACACCAUACCUACAAAAAAACAGACCACAAGAACAUUGAGCUGACAGAAGUAGGACCCAGGUUUGAAAUGAAAUUGUACAUGAUCAAACUGGGCACCCUGGAGAACGAGAGCACCGCAGACGUGGAGUGGCGUCACCAUGCGUAUACACACACAGCCAAGAAAAGACGGUUCCUCAGUGUUCAAUAGAGAAUGGAUCAGGCGCAAGACACGCCUGCCCUUCCUGCUUAGAAAAACCUUACAAAUAUCAAAAUGUUUAUUUACAAAAUGAUGUAAAAUUAAUGAAUACAAAUGGUGGGGUUUUUUUGGGACUAGGUUACCAAAUAUUACAAAAACUGUUUUUUUUUUCUUACAUGCUAUAUAUGUUUAAUUCAUGGAAAACCACAUUUCCAAUAUUAUUUGACCAACACAUUAAUGUAAGAGCUAAAACAUGCAAUACUACUCUUUGUUUUUUGUAAUAAAGUGCUUUUACUUCA